AUACCACUCUGUAUAACCGACUAGUAAAUAAAGCCGAGACUCAAAAGUAGCAAGCACCAUUACAAAAAUCGCGACAACGAAAUGGAAAACUCUGGCGGUUCAUCCGUUACUCCUUAGUUUUGAAGUAAAAUGGAAAUUGAAGGUACAGAUGGGUCCAAAACCCGACUCAAACCCGGUUCAACCAUAGAGUUUGGUAGAGGACUCGGGUUUACCUCCGAUGACAAAACCGUUUCUCGCCGUCAAAUCUUGUUCGAAAUCCACAAAGAUGAAACUAAGGUUAAGUUUGAAGUUGUUGGAAGGAACCCCAUUUGGGUAUACAGCAAUAAAGCUGGUAAAGUUAGUACUUUUAGGAAGUUUGAAAGAGGCGAAAUGGAGAAUGGUGACAUGUUCUGUGUAUCUGCCAAGAAAGCGAUUUGGUAUACCUUGAAAAGAAUUGAUUUUGACGAUGAAGAUAAAAGGGGUGGCGAGAAAGAGAUGGAAAUGGAGACCCAAUUUGCUGAAAGUCUUCAGAGUAGUUCGUGUCCUGAAGGGAUUGAAUUUGACCUGGAGCAUGUUGAUAUUUCGGGCAUUGACCCUGUUCAAGAGUUUGGUUUUCUGGUGAUGGGACAUGAAUUCGAUGGUUAUCCUAAGAAAAUGAUUCGGGAGAUAAAGAACUGGAAUUGGUUUAUUGAGGAGGAACAAGCAGAGAGUGAUGAUGAUGAGGAUUCUGAUAGAAAAGGCAGAAAGGGUGGUAGGAGAAAACGGAAGAAAAAAGGCGAGGCAGAUGAUGAUGAGUGGACUGGCGAAAGUGAAGAUGAGAAGGACCUGCUCACGAGAUCUAAGAAGCUUCAGGGACCUAAAUACGUGACAAGGUCCAAGGACAAGUCUAAUGCAAAACGGAAAAAACCUUCCACACAACAUAAGGCUAGACCCUCUGAAGAAGAAUAUGAGGAAGAUGAAGAAGAAGAUGAAGAGGAUGAAACACUGGGGGGUUUCAUUGUAGACGAUGUAGAAGAUGAGCCGGAAGUUGGUGACGAAGAAGAAGAGGAGGAAUUUGAUGAUGAUGAUGAUGAAUGAAGUGUUAGAAGAUUGAUGUUCCUCCAAAAACCGUACUAGAUGGUUUUUACUAGCUAGUUUUAUGUAGGUCUUUGUGAAUUGUGAUUGCCUUUUGGGUGUGUCAAUCAUAUGCCGAAUCCUGUAUUCUACCAUUUUUUUUUUUUUUUUUUUUUGGAUAACUGUGGUGUCGGGACCAACUUGCACACAGCCCCACUCGUAGUCUACAUUUUUCUGUCAUUGUAUAUGAUAAUGUAGUUCUUGAAGCAAUAAUUUAUUUGUUCUUUGUACUAUAACUUGCUGAUUUUGCUGA